UAUAAUCAUUCUCCAAUCCCCUCGUCUAUAAAAUCCACAUUUCCACUUCUCACAAACUCGUUGCCAACAUCUAUUCUUAGCAACCAUACGUUUUCUCUCUUCCCAAACUUGAAAAAAACAUGCUAUCUAUUUCCUCCUCAACAACCACCACCUCCUCCGUGGGUCCCACCAAUAAUCGUACUCAUCAAUGUCCGAACUCUCUUUCUCCACCUUCGCUCUUCUCUCUAUCUCGUCGCAACACUCGAAAAACCCUUCAUGUUCGAUACAAUCGUACUACUAAUUCCAACACGGCCGUGUCAUGUGGCACGGCCGUGUUGGCCCGUGCAAGUAACGAACAUAUUCUUGAUCCUGCUAACGUAAGAGAUGCUAAGCUUAAAAUUGCAAUCAUUGGGUUUGGAAACUUCGGUCAAUUCUUAGCUAAGACGAUUGUUAAGCAAGGACAUCGUGUGUUGGCUUACUCACGUUCCGACUACUCCCGUGCUGCUAAGGAUAUCAGCGUCGAAUAUUUCAGCGACCCCGAUGACCUUUGCGAGGAGCAUCCCGAGGUGAUACUUCUAUGCACUUCGAUCUUAUCUACUGAGAAGGUCCUUCGCUCGCUGCCCCUCCACCGCCUCCGACGAUCGACUCUCUUUGUGGAUGUCCUUUCGGUGAAAGAGUUUCCUCGCUCUCUCUUCCUCCAAGUUCUUCCAAAGGACUUCGACAUCCUUUGCACCCACCCAAUGUUUGGUCCUGAUUCGGGCAAAAAUGGGUGGGGUGGACUCCCAUUUGUUUUCGACAAAGUCCGGGUUGGAUCUGAUCCAACCCGAACUCAUAGAGUCGAGACGUUCCUAACCAUAUUUAGGGAUGCCGGGUGUCGGAUGGUUGAGAUGACAUGUGCUGAACACGACAAGCACGCGGCCGGGUCCCAAUUCAUAACCCACAUGAUGGGCCGGGUUUUGGAGAAGUUGGGCUUAGAAAACACACCAAUAAACACAAAAGGGUAUGAAAGUUUAUUGAAUUUGGUGGAUAAUACAGCAAGGGAUAGCUUUGAACUAUUUUAUGGGUUAUUUUUAUACAAUAAGAAUGCAAUGGAACAAUUGGAUAGAAUGGAUUGGGCAUUUGAAAUGGUGAAAAAACAACUUUCUGGGCAUUUGCAUGAUCUUGUUAGAAAACAAUUGAUGUUAGAGACUAAUAAUGAUCCAAUUAAGGGUGAAAAAAUGGACAGAUUAUUGCUUCCUUCUCCUUCAGAAAACCUUCCUCAGAUUGUUCCUUCUGCUGAUGUUACUGAGCAGGAAUUUGUAGCUGUUAAUGGAAGUAGGUUAUCUACACAGUGUUAAGAAAUUCAACUACAAAUCAGAACUAUAAGUUGUUCUAGUGGUGAAAAGUUUUCUUUGACACCAUUAUAAUAUGAGUUCGAUUCUCACUAGAACUACCAGAAGAAAACUUCAACCUAUUGCCUAUAAGAGAUUGUCCUUACCUCGAAAUAAUAAUAAAAAAACAACUAAAUAACAAUAACAAAAAUAUGACGAGCAAUAUGUAUUUAUUAUGGUAUUGGGGUUAAGAAUUGGUUUUGUUCAUUGUUUUUAUAUCUUUUUGAAUUGUUAAAAAUCCAUUGUAAUCUGAUAAUUUGUAGCAAUUCUGUAAUAGUAAUAAUGUAUUUGUGUUUUAGUUAAGAGGUAUUAUUAAGUAACCAAGCUUGUAAAUGACAAAAUAUAGAAGUUUCCUAAAU